AUGGGCGGCUCCAUUGCCUCAUCCAACAAGUCGCCGACCUCCGAAUUCAGGUACAGUUUGCACGGCUUACCCUACAGCCAGACCGUAGCAUCGCAGCCACCCAUCAAGGUCACAAGCUCGACUUCGUUACAUCGAAUUCCUGACGACGAGAGCCACGAGCCACUCCCAUCGCCUCCAUCAGUGGACAACGCGUCCACCUGGUCCAAUAGGAACAACCAGAACGACGCGUCGCUGCACGAUGGAGACGCAGUUCGACUUACUUCUACAGGCUCAAUUUCCGCACGAGACAGCCAAACCAGCCUCAAUACGAGAACAGCGACACUAAGCAGCUUGACCUCCGCUGCAGCCAGUGUUCCCCAGAUCCGUGUCAGCGACGCGCCCGAUCGGAAGAGUGAUGCGAGCGUUGGGGAGAGCAAGAAAUGGUUACCCUUGAAUUCCGGUCGAAUAGGCGCAAUGUUUUCCGAGCAAGAGGCGGCCAAAGACAAAUCCUCCAUGAAUGCAGCUUUUGACGGCCUUUCAUUGGACAUAAGUAUUCCAUCAGGCGGGUUUGCGGACGACUUGACAGCAAACAGCAUAGAAUUCUCGAAAAGAGGGAGCAUGCUCAUUGAUGGGAAAAGAGUGAAUUCUUUAAACAACCGCAGAUCUUCACCCAUGCUCGCUUCAAUAAUGGACGAAGAAAAGAGAGAAGGUGUGACGCGGACCAGCAGUGCUCAAGCGACUUCGAUGCCUUCCCCAGGCGCUACACCCAAGGCUGUAAAAGAGCGCCCGCCAGCAAAAGUUUUGUCUGCCGAUGAGGAAAUGCUCUCAGAAAAAGUACGUGCUUUCUACGCUGCGGGUACGGAUAACCAACAUGAGACGGAGUCAACUACCAAUCUUGCAGCCCGUAUGGGAACACGGUGGCAGACAUCGUUGGGGACUGAUGCACAAAGUGCAAGUAUCCCUUCUUUGUCAAGGGCGACCUCUACCACCGAUAUGCACGAAGAUCUGGACAGCUCAUCGAGGCACCCGAGCAUGACCGCUUCCGCCUCCCAAGCGUACACAGUACCCGAACGAGAAGAAACGGAGCUAGCGGGUGGAUUGGAAGACUGGAAAGAUGUUGAUAACGCGGACGUCGAUAGAUACGGGUUCAUAGUAUCUCGCACACCCAUCAUGGACGGCGCAGAUGAGUCCAAGUCUCAACGACUGGCUCGCGUCUCAACCAGUUUACAGCAAGCCUCCGAAACCCCGAGACGGAAGGUGACGAUACGUCGCACGCCGAGCAGCGCCCAUGGUUCUACGAGGUCGGUUCGUAGCAGGCACAGCACAUCUGAUCAAACUCCGCCGCGUCCAACGAGUUCGCAGAGUGGCUACGUUCGUACGUCUGGCCGCCGAAGUACCUCGACUCGCAUGCUCGGGCCUGGCUCAAAAGACCGGCGGCUGAUGGAGUCAGCCAUGGACAUGCUUACAUUGCCACGGUCCGCGAAAUCUGUCGAGGAAGACGGCCACAUACACAUUGACGAUGCUCGCGCCCGGAGGAAGGAAUUGGAGCGCGAAGAGAAAUGGCGAAGGAUGGCACGAGAGAAACCACCUCCCGCGGAUCCGAAGACCGGUCUGCCAAUUGUAGGCGGUGGCUCUGCGACAGGAUAUACUUUUGACACCGGCUCGUCGAAACUCAUAGAACGCACCUGGAAGGGAAUCCCAGAUAAAUGGCGAGCGACGGCAUGGCACAGCUUUCUGAGCACUUCGGCCUCGCGGCAGAAAGAAUGCUUGAGCGACGAAGAAUUGAUUACUUUAUUCCACGACUAUCAGACUCAAUCUUCGCCCGACGACGUCCAGAUCGACAUUGAUGUCCCCCGAACCAUCUCUGCACAUAUCAUGUUCCGAAGGCGGUAUCGUGGUGGACAACGUUUGCUGUUUCGUGUUUUACACGCCAUGUCUUUACACUGUCCCGAAACAGGCUACGUCCAAGGCAUGGCGGCAUUGGCGGUGACGUUGCUUGCGUAUUACGACGAAGAAAAGGCGUUUGUGAUGAUUGUUCGCAUGUGGGAACUCAGAGGUCUGGGGGAGUUGUACAAGUCUGGCUUUGGUGGGUUGAUGACGGCAUUGAACGACUUUGAGCAAGGGUGGUUGGGACAGGGUGAGGUUGCGCGAAAACUGGAAGAAUUGAACAUUGGUCCUACAGCCUACGGCACACGCUGGUACCUCACAUUGUUCAAUUACACAAUUCCGUUUCCCGCGCAACUUCGUGUCUGGGAUGUGUUCAUGCUUCUUGGAGACGAUACCUCGCCGGCAUCUUCUCUGGCGACGACGACGACCGCCGCCAAUAGGAAAGCAUCGGUCGGGGCGGCAUCGCAGAAUCAAGCGCAACAAGAUUCAGAAGAACAACCGAAAUUCGGAACGACCCUCGACGUCCUACACGCCUCGUCUGCCGCACUAAUCGACGGCAUGCGCGACAUCUUACUUGAAUCCGACUUUGAGAACGCCAUGAAGGUCCUGACCAGCUGGAUCCCAAUCCAGGAUGAAGAUUUGUUCAUGCGCAUCGCCCGGGCAGAGUGGAAGAUGCAUCUGAAGAAACAGUCGAAAUCAUAG